AUGGCGCUCCAAGAACAACAGGGAGCUCCCAGCGACGAAGACCCAGUUCAACAACAAAUUAUCGUCGCGCCCGAAGACAGCACCGAGCGUCCAGGCCAGCAGCAACCCACUGGGAACAGCCACGACCAGCCAGCGUCGCUCCAAGUCCCGACUCCCACCCUUGGGCCCCUCGGUGAAGACCAACGCGAGCCUCAAAAGUCUAAUGACUGUGUCUACGCCACUGGUCCCGGCACAAAGAUAUGUCUUCCCCCAUCUGACGAGCAGACUCCCUCGAAGACGGCCCGCCCAGCAAAGGGCAAGGGCAAGUGGUGCGCCCGUUGUACAGAACUCAAGACCCAGCCUGGCAAAGAUGGCCGCUCCAGGAGGAACGCGGCAUACGGCUGCAAGGAUUGCGCAAAGCUGAGGGGGGAGGCAGGGCCCCGUGGGUGGAAGCUAGACGUCCCGUCCAAGCAAAGGCAGGAACGAAAUCGCGGUUUUGAUCCCGGCACGGAAUCGGACGACUCCGACAAUCCCCCGAAGCCCAACAUCGACAACCCCCUCGUGGACCGCUUUGGGACGCAGAAAGACCCUUCCUUAUCCAAUCGCCAGAUCCAGUCCAUCCAGGCAAUCCAGGGGUUCGGCCAGCCACGGACCACGUAUCCUCCGCAACCGCCUCUUCACCAGAGUUCCGUCGUGUCUGGGGCUAGGCAUGCCUCAUUCCCCCCAGCCCGGACUGCGACGUCGACCCUGAACACGAGGAGCCCGUCCCAGGUCGUAGGCCUGCCCGACCAGCCGUCGCUGUACGAGGAUCACCCCCGGCCCAUGGAUACGCCACGGAUGUACGACUUCACGUCCUCGCUGGCGACGAACAAUGCCAGCGGGCCUCAGCAGCAACGAUCUGGAGGAAGGCCCGGCGUCUUUUCCCUCUUCCCCCCAGUGCCGUCCCCGUCCUCCGGGGGACCGAGCUAUCCCAACGCAAUCCAGGGCAACGCGAGCUUUUCCAGCGCCUUCACGUACCCGGACCCGAUGGAGUGCGAGCUAUAUAGUACAUCCAGCCAUUUCGACGACGCAUUUGACCGUACGGAGUUGUUCAAGGAGGGCGAGGCCUUGUUGGAGUCUGAUUCCACCGGUGGACCGAGCCGUGGUCCCACGGCCGUGCCCACUGGGCGAUUUCACAACACCUUCGAGGCCCCCUCUCCGGCGCAGCUCGACCUCUCCGGCAUGCCCGGGCCCGCGAACCCGGCGCCUGCGAAUCCGCCCGUGUGCCAGCGCCCGGCCGGCCUCCAGCCCGGGUCAAUCGACCCACUGCUCUCGGGGGCAACGCAAUAG